CUGAGAGAAAUCCAAAGCAACAUAGGAAAAUAGGGUUGGAGAACGAGAACCACAUUUGCACCAUCCGUGCUGCUCACAAGUUUGUGGACUUCUUCCGCAAAGGCUUAUCACAUGGUGCCACGGGUCCUAAAUUGAGGGAUGCGUUGUCUUCGUUGAAAAAUUGCUUCUUCGUGAGGAUGGAUUACACUGAUGUAGAUCAUUCUGGCGUUGUGGAUAAUGAAGAACUGGGUGCAAAGCAGAAAGUGGCCGCGGGUCUUAACAAGGUCAAAUCAUGCUUUUCAGACCGCCGGAUUAUUCUAGUGAUUGUAUUCGUCGCUCUUUUCCUGGAUAACAUGCUUCUGACUGUGGUUGUACCGAUAAUCCCAGACUUCCUGCUAGAUCAGCGAAGAAAAAACAAGACACUUAUCUUGCAAGAAGUGCUGGAGGAAAUGAAUAACUCUUGUGAAGGCCUGUUUGCACCAUCAUUCAAGAAGGAUGAGUCCAGACUACCUAUAUUCGCCUCCCGUGGACACUCGCCGCACCAACACGUAGCAGUCAUGAUGGAGCAGAUUUACGACAGCGACGCAGCCAAGGAAUUCAAUUUGGAGAGUUUCUUGACAUUACUGGAGAAGGUGAACCUCAGCACACCAACGCAACCCAUCGCCUAUGUGGCUCGAAUCCGUGGUUGCCGGCAGAACGCGACAAACUACAUUCGAGAAUUACGUAAGAAAACAGUCGGGCAAGAACAUAUGCAAAUCGGACUGAUGUUCGCCUCCAAGGCAGUUGUCCAGCUGCUCGUUAACCCGAUGGUUGGCCCCCUUACCAACAGGAUCGGAUACAGCAUCCCGAUGUUUAGUGGCUUUAUGAUCAUGUUCACCUCAACCAUUGUGUUUGCUUUCGGAAGCAGCUACGGAAUUCUAUUUGUGGCCCGCGCCCUUCAAGGAGUAGGCUCUGCUUGUUCUAGCGUGUCUGGUAUGGGAAUGCUGGCCACUGUCUACACAGAUGACAAGGAGCGCAGUCACGCUUUCAGCUGGGCACUCAGCGGAAUCGCCCUUGGCGUGCUUGUCGGUCCUCCAUUCGGAGGUAUGGGCUACCAAUUCAUUAACAAAGAAGCCCCGUUUCUCAUACUUGCCGCUUUGGCUCUCUUUGAUGGAGCUCUACAAUUGAUCGCACUCAAACCGGCCGUUCGACCUGAAGCAGAGAGAGGAAGUUCUCUGGCGAAAUUGCUACGUGAUCCUUAUAUCCUAAUAGCAGCAGGUUCCAUCACCUUUGGGAACAUGGGUAUCGCGAUGCUGGAGCCAACACUCCCACUGUGGAUGUGGGAGAAAAUGCGCGCCCAGGGUUGGCAACAAGGGAUGGCCUUCUUACCAUGCAGCAUUUCAUACCUCAUUGGCACAAACAUAUUCGGCCCCAUCGCGCAUCGGAUUGGGAGAGGGAUAAGUGCAGGACUGGGAAUGACUAUAUGUGGAGUAUGUUUGAUUGCGAUUCCAUUUUCGACGAUAAUGGAACACUUAAUUGUGCCCAUGUUCGGACUGGGAUUUGCCAUUGGUAUGGUGGACUCCUCCAUGAUGCCGAUCAUGGGACACCUCGUCGACUUGAGGCACGUGGCCGUUUACGGUAGCGUGUACGCCAUCGCAGAUGUGGCCUUCUGUUUGGGGUUCGCUAUCGGUCCCAUAUUGAGCGGAUCGAUGGUCCAAACGGUGGGAUUCAGCUGGAUGUUGUGGUCGAUUUCAAUUGUCUGCUUGCUCUAUUCGCCCCUGACGCUACUGUUGCGAAAUCCACCAGGAAAGGACGAAACAGCAGUGUUGGUUGAACGAAAUCAGGGUAAUCACAAUGGAAGAAAAAACGUCUGUAGUUCGGAGUCGUUCGAAGCAUCGCGCGCCGCGAGGAUGAUUCCGACACUUCCACUUGGAUCCACGUUGGGCUACGACCCAACAGCUGGUGGAGACAAAAGCUACGGAUACUACUAAAGAAAACGCAGUUCUGCUCUUGUGAGACAUAUGGUCGGAACAAGGUUGGAAUGCCUAACUCAUCUGGAUCCGCUGCAUUUGUAUGGACAAUUGUCGCGAGACCAAACAAUACCAAACGCCAAACGUCACCAAUUGGUAUCGAUGCAACUGUACGCAUUUGGACGUAGCUAGCAAGUCUAUUCCUGUAGUUGAAUAAAUAUGUGCAACUU